CAUUGAUCCCAAUGCCCGGGUAUAUAGAGCGUGGGUCAUCCCAUCGUCCAGAUCCAGAGCGUCGCCAGCAUCCACAAUGGAGAGCAUGUCACUCGUACUCGAGAUCAUCUCCAAUGAGAACACAUUCAUCGCCCACUGCUCGCUCGACACUGUGGCCAAGCUAUUGCGACUCUCCAAGCGCACACGAGCCCUUGUGAAUCGACGAUUCACCAGGUUCAAGUUGUGGUGUGGACAUCACAGAAUCUCGCUGAUCCACUUCUGUGCACGAUGUUCUGAACUCAUCAACGCAACCAAUGCACUCUUCCCAUUCUUUCGCGAUCAACGACUCGAUGAUAUGAGCUGGGUGAUCGAUAUGGCCAAUACCACCAACCACCCCGAUGUCCACUACAUCCUGGGUCGAUACUUUUCAAAGUCAUUUGGCGGCCCUGGUGUCGACGACAGGGCUCUCUGCAAACACCACUUCAAGAAGGCUGCUGCCCAGGGACAUGCAGAAUCGCUCUAUGAGCUUGGCCUCAUGCAGCAAUCCAAGUUCUACGUUCGAGGACAGCAGCAACGACACUGGGUCAAGAUGGAACAAUACUUUGCUCUGGCCAGUCAACAUGGCCAUCUCAGAGCAACAUACCAUUUCGCCAGAAAAGAAUGGAAAAGGACAGAUGCCACUCCUGAAGAGAAACAGAAUGCCAUCGAGAUCAUCAAGGACCUUCGUGACAAGGGUGAUGUCAUGGCCUGGAAACUACUGGGUGAACUGGGUCUCUGAUCCACUCAGAUCAGAUCUGUCCAUGAACCCUGUCCAUUCAGCUUGUACCAGAGCUUGUUGGUCGAGCUGCUUGUGACAUACACUGCAUUACCGCUGUCGUCGCUGUCACACAUGAUCGCCGUCGUGGCAGUGUUGGUCGCCGUGUCCGCACUCCAUGAAACGCUGCUAGUCAUGUUGGCACUCGAAUAAUAUAUCUUGCCAUCUGUACCCAC